CAGAAAUGGCGGCGCGCGGAGUGGCUUAGGUGGUGCCUGUAGCUUUUCAUCUAACUAUUCACGUAACUAAGUUCAUCCACGUUUCUGCUCAGUAGACUUGAUUUUAUCUUCAUCAUGGCCGUUUCUGUUUACUUCUCAUAGGUUUCUCUUGUAAUGCUGACGUAAAAGGACGGCAAUUAAAGAGCUACCGUGCUCUAUUUUGGUCCUAAUAUAGACAGACAAACCCUAAAGUCGGUGAGAAGUGACCCUCUUUCCUUUAGUGCUCAUUUCUCUUCCCCGUCACACGCAUGUGCUGCUUAAGCUCUUGAAAUGAGCUAGUGCUCCUUCUCUGUAACAGUGAGUUUGUGUAAGGAAGGACAAGAAGAUUCUUCAAUUACCGAACAAGUCGGGGCUGCAGAGAAUGUCUUUAUUUAAAGCCCGGGAGUGGUGGUCUACAACAGUCGGCAAUAAAGAAGAAUUUGACCAAGGAUGCUUAUGUGUGGCAAAUGUUGACAAUAGCAGCAGUGCACAAGAUAAAAUUAUUGUGGGAAGUUAUAUGGGAUUUCUUAGAAUAUAUAAUCCCCAUCCUAUAAAACCUGGAGAUGCUAUGCAAGCUGAAGAUUUGCUCUUGGAAGUGCAAUUACGUGAGCCAUUAUUGCAAGUGGAAGUAGGAAAAUUUGUUUCUGGCACAGAAUUGCUUCAUCUGGCUAUAUUGCAUUGCAAAAAAUUGUGCAUCUAUGCUGUCUCAGGAAGCUUAGGAAACAUUGAACACGGCAACCAAUACCAGCUAAAACGUAUGUAUGAACACAAUCUUCAGCGAACAGCUUAUAACAUGACAUAUGGACCAUUUGGAGGUAUAAAAGGUCAAGACUUGAUCUGUAUACAGUCUGUGGAUGGAAUGCUUAUGCUGUUUGAACAAGAAAGCUAUUCAUUUGGCCGUUUUCUUCCUGGCUUUCUUCUCCCUGGUCCGCUGACAUACAGUUCUCGAACAGAUUCAUUCAUUACCGUCUCUUCCUGUCGACAGGUUGAGAGCUACAGGUACCAAGUGCUUGCGUUAGCAAAAGAUGCUGAAACACAAGAAACUGAGCAACAAAAAAUUGGAUCUGGAAAAAAGCUUGUGGUGGAUUGGAUUUCAAACAUUGGGGAGCAAGCCCUGGACAUAUGUGUUGUUUCAUUCAAUCAGCUUGUUUCCAGCGUGUUCGUUCUUGGGGAAAGAAAUUUCUUUUGCCUUAAGGAUAAUGGACAAAUUCGGUUCAUUAAAAAGCUUGACCACAGCCCAAGUUGCUUUCUUCCAUAUUCAGUGUCUGGGACUGUCAUAAACACACUGAUUGGAAAUCACAACAGCAUCCUACAUAUUUAUCAAGAUGUGACUCUAAAGUGGGCAACUCAGCUUCCUCAUAUUCCUGUGGCAAUACGACUGGGGAAAUUACAAAAUUUGAAAGGUGUGAUAGUUACACUGAGUGACAGUGGCCAUCUGCAAUGUUCUUACCUUGGUACUGAUCCUUCUUUAUUUCAAGCUCCUAAAGUUGAAUCUAGGAAUAUUAAUUAUGAAGAAUAUGAUGCAGAAAUGAAUAAACUCCAGAAAAUAAUUAAAGAAGCCAGGAAAAUUAAAGAUAUCUUGCCUAAGUCUGAAAAAAAUGAAGAUUUUGCACUUGCUGUGACAGUCUUGCCUGACCUCGACUCAGUUUCUCAAGCCGUUGACAGUGAAAUCAAAGCAGAUGUGAUUCCUUCUGUGAUGAUAAAGAUUAAAGUUGACAGCAGAUUACCAACACUUACAAAAUUAACAGUAUGUGUUCCACUUCCUUUAGCGGUGACCCAAAACUCCUUCAUCUUAGAAUUAGAGUCAUCUGUAUCUAAAACAGUUGUACUUUCUGCUUUUCUAAAAGGGAACUACCUACCAGCAGAUUUGGAAGGUAGUAUUCUAGCAUCAUAUAAUACACCAAGAGGUGCACCAAGAGUUGUCCAAUGCAAAUUCCGAUUACCUUUACGGUUAGUUUGCUUUCCUGCUCAGCCUUCAAAAACAGCAAGCCAGAAGUUAACUAUUGAUACCAACAAACCUACAGUCAGCGUUAUUACUCUUUUUCCAGAUUUUGGUGAUCAGACUGAUGAAGAUCAAGUUAAUGUUUUGGGAUUUCAGUUAUUAGCUGGCUCCAGAGUUACUUUACUUGCAUCAAAAACAUCUCAGCGUUACAGAAUUCAAAGUGAACAGUUGGAAGACAUUUGGCUAAUUACAAAAGAACUCACUCUUCGUCUUGAGCAACACUUUGGGAGGCAAAAUUGCAAAGACUUUGUAUGUACUUUUUCUGGCCCAAUCCCAUUACAAGACUAUUUUGACAUAAUUGAUCACCAUUUUGAGUUGCGUUUGAAUGCUGCAAAGUAUGAGCAGCUAUUAGCUGAAAGAGCCAUCCAGUUUAGAGCUAUUGAACGACGUUUGUUGGCACGGUUUAAAGAUAAAACCCCAGCUCCACUUCAACAUCUGGACACCUUGUUAGAAGGAACUUACAGACAGGUAAUAGCUCUAGCAGAUGCAGCUGAAGAAAACCAAGCCAUUAUGUUCCAGGCAUUCACAAAGUUAAAAAGUGCCACCCAGCUGGUAAUCCUGCUGAUUAGCCUAUGGCAGAAACUGAGUGCUGACCAAGUUGCUAUUCUGGAAGCUGCAUUUCUGCCGUUAACACAGAAUACUCAAGAGCUGGGUUGGGAAGAAAGUGUGGAUGCUUCUAUCUCUCAUUUGUUAAAAACAUGUCUGUCCAAGAGUUCCAAAGACCACGCUCUUACACUUUUUAAUCAAUUAUGCAUCCCCAAGGAUACUAGUAGAUUGAAGAAGCACAUAACUUUACUCUUCGAUAGAUUGGCCAAAGGUGGUCGUAUGUCUCUAAACACAAACCUAGACUGUCACCAAGCUAUGCUUUUGUCAGGUGGCUGUGAUGCUAUCCCAGAGUCUGAUUUUGAGGAAAGCCCAGCCUCACAAAACUCUACAAUGUUUACCAAUCAUAGGCAUCUGGAUAAGCAGGAUAUCAAACCUGAUUUACCACAGGAUGAAUUACAGGAAGCAGAAACUCCAUGAAAAGUGCAAAAAGACCCAGGAGGAUUUUAAAAAUCUGUGCAUUUACAAUCCAAAAGUAACAUUUUUUUUCCUGUACUGAAUACAGUAAACCUCAAGAAGCAGGCCCACUAUUAGAGCAAAAUACUUCCACUUACAUCUAAGCACCUAGCUUUCCCUUUUUAGCUAUUGAUCUCAGAGAUAUUUUCUCAAGGUGACAUUGUAGAAGGAAGCAUUCUGUAACUGAUAUACAGUUAUAAACCCUCAAUAGAAAUCCCAGGUGAUCAAAGGCUUUUUAUAUACUGAAAUAUUGACAUAUUGAAAUAUGAAAGUAUCCUGUGCUUUAAGGCCCCUUUUUUCCCUUUCUGACUUACUUUAAUGGUAAUUAAUUUUGAUAAAAGAAAAC